AUGAUGGCUUAUGAUGAUGCAUGUGGUGAAAGGCCAAGACUAUUUGUGGUGGCUAACCGGCUUCCAGUUUCUGCAAAGAGAACCGGGGAAAGUUCUUGGUCUCUGGAAAUGAGUCCUGGUGGCAAAUUUAAUCUUCUAGGCGGUGUGACAGCUCAAUUUGACACCAAAUGGGUUGGAUGGCCUGGAUUUGAUGUGUACAAUGAAGUUGAAAAAAAUGCACUCUCUAAAUCUCUAGCUGAAAUGAACUGUAUCCCUGUGUUCCUCAAUGAGGUUUUUGACAAUAUUACCAUGGUUAUAGCAAUGAAAGCAAAUCAAAUGUUUCUUGAUGUCGUAAUAGAGAACUAUGAAGAAGGAGAUAUGAUUUGGUGCCAAGAUUAUCAUCUCAUGUUUCUUCCUCAAUAUCUUAAAGAUUACAACAGUAAAAUCAAAGUUGGAUGGUUUCUCCAUUCACCGUUUCCUUCCGCAGAGGUCUACAAAACACUGCCCUCGCGAUCAGAGCUUCUUCGAUCUCUUCUUACAGCCGAUUUACUAGGUUUCCACACAUAUGAUUUUGCAAGACAUUUUGUGAGUACAUGCACUCGAAUUCUUGGAGUUGAAGGAACACAAGAAGGAGUUGUGGUUCAAGGCAGAGUCACUCGAGUAGUUGUUCUCCCUGAAGUCACACAACAAAUGAAUGAGCUUAAAGAGAGAUUUGCUGGCAAAAAGGUGAUAUUAGGUGUUGAUCGUCUUGAUAUGAUCAAAGGGAUUCCACAAAAGUAUCUUGGAUUUGAGAAAUUUUUGGAAGAAAAUCCAGAUUGGCGCGAUAAAGUUGUGCUUGUGCAAAUUGCAGUGCCAACAAGAAAUGGUGUCCUUGAAUAUCGAAAAGUCAAAAACCAAGUUCAUGGACUCGUUGGACGCAUCAACGGUCGUUUUGGUUCUGUUUCUUCUCUUCCAAUACAUCACAUGGAUUGUUCUGUUCACCCCAAUUACUUAUGUGCACUUUAUGCCAUUGCAGGUAAUUAA